AUGGAGUUUUCCAUUAUAUGCAUUGCGGACUUAACGUAUCUUACGUCAUCGCACUGUGAGAUUGACACUUUUUUUUUUCAAGAUCACUUAGAUGAACAAACACUUCUUCGGUUAAAAGAGCAAAUGCUUGCCAUAUCAAAAGGACGAUCCAUUGCAAAUCCUCGAGGAACUAUAAUGACACAGACAGUAAAGACUCUUAAAAGAGGGAACAGAAGAUCUGCUCCUCAAACGAAGGAGUCAAUCGCUAUGAAUAAGUUAUCGCAUGUGAAAUUAUCUGAAGAACAACAACAGUUAAGAGAUAAGAUCUUACAAUUUACUAGGAAAAAUCUUUCUUCAUUUAAACAAGGUGAUCCCCCGGCCAUGUUUGUUAUUGAGGGUGAUGCUGGGACGGGAAAGUCAGUUAUAUUGAACUCAUUAUUUAAUGAAAUCCAAAAACUGGCAACCACAACAAAUAAAAAUGAUACUCUUUCAGGAACACAGAAUUACUUAAUAGUCAAUCAUCCAGAAAUGUUAAAAUUGUAUUUGAGAAUUUGUAACUCUUUUAAAUAUAUUAAAAGAACCUCUUUGGAAAGACCAACCUCAUUGAUUAACAAGUUACAGAAGGAUGGGCAGAUGGCUGAUAUUAUCAUUAUUGAUGAAGCGCAUUUAUUGGCUACUUCAAAGGAUGCCUUUAAGAGAUUUUAUGGUGACAACCAUUUGAAUGAACUACUAUCUUUGGGGAAGGUACUUAUUAUUGUAUACGACGCCAAGCAAGCUCUUAGAAUGGGGUCGUAUUGGGAUGAGAACACUAAAAAUGGAGCAAGUUUACAAUACUAUUAUAAAGAUAUUCCUGAGAGUAAAAAAGAAUGGUAUACUCUAAGACAGCAAUUUAGAGUGGCAGCUCCCAAAGAUGUCUUAAAUUGGAUUGAUCAAAUUAGUACAGUAGGUACUAUUCCACCUUUCCCACAGAGUGUAAAGUCAAAGGAUAAAAUAGAACCACCAUUUGACUUCAAAAUAUGGGAUGAUUGCGGUGACAUGUAUGAAGCUUUACGAGAGAAGAAUGAAAAAUACGGACAAUGUAGAAUGCUUUCUACUUAUGAUUUCCCCUAUAGACUAGAUGGUAAAGAUUAUUAUGUUACCUGUGGCGAUAACUUCAGGGUACGUUGGGAUAGGUACACACCAAGGGAACAACUACCUUGGAGUGAAAGGGAAACCUUUGAUGAAGUUGGCAGUGUUUACACAAUUCAAGGGUUUGAUUUAAACUAUGCAGGUGUGAUACUUGGAAGAUCUGUAGGUUAUGAUUCUCAAAAUGAUUGUAUUAAAUUGAAACCGGAAUUAUAUGAUGAUAGAGCAGGUUUUACAAAGAAGAAAAAUAUUACUAACGCUGACGACGUUAAGAUGAAAAUCAUUAUGAACAGUGUUAAUGUUCUAUUGACUAGAGGUGUAAAGGGUUUGUAUGUAUAUGUGUAUGACCCUGAGUUAAGAGAAAGACUUCAUAACUCAAAAUAUCAGUCUUGA